AUGGCUGUUAACUGCGAAGCUUUUAAAUGUACAUCUAUUAGCUUUUCUUUUAGAUCUUUCACUCUUUCGUACGAAGACAGGAGGGAUGAGCAGGAACCUGCAGAUUCCCUCUUUUUAAUAUAUUUUUUAUUUGCCUUUCUUUUUCUUUCUUUAAUUUUCUUUUAUUAUUUUUCUAGUAUUUCUUUCUUUCUUUCUUUCUUUCUUUCUUUCUUUCUUUCUUUCUUUAAUAACAAUUUUCCCAUUGUGAGACCAUUUUCUUUUCUUUCAUUAAUUUUCAUUAAUUUUUUUCUUUCUUUCUUUUUUCUUUCUUUCUUUUUUCUUUUUUCUUUCUUUCUUUUUUUCUUUCUUUCUUUUUUCUUUCUUUCUUUUUUGUCUGUCUGUCUGUAUCUAUUCACGUCUAUAUCAACUCUACCAGUUUAUUCAUAUCUAUCUAUCUAUCUAUCUAUCUAUCUAUCUAUCUAUCUAUCUAUCUAUCUAUCUCUACAUAAUGUCUCUCUCUGUCUAUUCAUAUCUAUCUAUCUAUCUAUCUAUCUAUCUAUCUAUUGUAUUCAUAUCUAUCUAUCUAUCGAUCUAUCUAUCUAUCUAUGUCUACAUAAUGUCUCUCUCAGUCUAUUCAUAUCUAUCUUCUUCCUCAGUCUGUCAAUCUAUCUAUCUAUCUAUCUAUCUAUCUAUCUAUCUAUCUAUGGUCUACAUAAUGUCUCUCUCAGUCUAUUCAUAUUCAUUCAUCUAUCUAUCCAUCUAUCUAUCUAUCUAUCUGUGUCUGCAUAA